GGAAAGGGGGAGGAUUGGCUCCGAUUUCAGUCUUUUGGGUCAAAAAGAAACGCAGGGCAUUGGAGAAGUCGGCGCGAUGGUCUGAAUCACUGGCAGUUUCAUCGAUCGUUUUCUCCUUUUGCUCAAUCAAUUUUCAACUCCUCCAUCUUCAAUCGAUUCACAAUCUGGACCGAUUCGGGGUUUAAUUUCACUGGGGUGUCGUGAUGGAUUUAGUGACUUCAUGCAAGGACAAAUUGGCAUAUUUUCGAAUAAAGGAGCUCAAGGACGUACUGACUCAACUUGGUCUUUCAAAGCAGGGAAAGAAGCAGGAUCUUGUUGAUCGGAUAUUGGCCAUUCUCUCUGAUGAACAAGUUUCCAGGAUGUGGGCAAAGAAGAAUGCUGUUGGGAAGGAAGAAGUAGCAAAACUAGUUGAGGAUACUUACAGAAAAAUGCAGGUAUCUGGAGCCACUGACUUAGCAUCAAAGGGACAGGUUCUCUCAGAUAGCAGUAAUGUCAAAUUCAAAGAAGAACUUGAGGAUUCAUAUAAUGAUAUGAAGAUUCGUUGUCCAUGUGGAAGCGCACUGCCAAAUGAGACAAUGCUUAAGUGUGACGAUCUAAAAUGCCAGACGUGGCAGCAUAUAGGUUGUGUUAUAAUUCCAGAAAAAACUAUGGAGGGUAUUCCACCAACUCCCGACCCAUUCUACUGUGAAAUUUGUCGACUAAGUCGAGCUGACCCUUUUUGGGUUACUGUGACACAACCUUUAUAUCCUGUGAAGCUGACAACAACUAGUAUUCCAACUGAUGGUACAAACCCAGUGCAGAGUGUUGAGAAAACAUUUCAUCUCACAAGGGCUGACAGAGACAUGGUAUCGAAACCUGAGUAUGAUGUUCAGGCUUGGUGUAUUCUCCUUAAUGACAAGGUUUCAUUUAGGAUGCAGUGGCCACAAUAUGCAGACCUACAAGUCAAUGGUAUGGCAGUUCGUGCUAUCAAUAGACCUGGCUCACAGUUGCUAGGUGCUAAUGGACGUGAUGACGGACCUGUUAUCACACCAUGUACCAAAGAUGGAGUUAAUAAGAUUUCCUUAACGGGAUGCGAUGCUCGUAUUUUCUGUUUAGGGGUUAGAAUUGUAAAGCGGCGAACUGUUCAACAGAUUUUAAGCUUGAUUCCUAAAGAAUCAGAUGGUGAGCGUUUUGAAGAUGCGCUGGCUCGUGUUCGUCGUUGCAUUGGUGGUGGAGGUGCAACUGAUAAUGCUGAUAGUGACAGUGACCUGGAAGUGGUUGCAGAUUUCUUUACUGUCAAUCUACGAUGUCCUAUGAGUGGUUCAAGAAUGAAGGUUGCUGGAAGAUUCAAACCUUGUGCUCACAUGGGCUGUUUUGAUCUUGAAAUUUUUGUGGAAAUGAACCAACGUUCUAGGAAGUGGCAAUGUCCCAUUUGUCUCAAGAACUAUUCUCUAGAGAAUGUUAUCAUUGAUCCAUAUUUCAAUCGCAUCACAUCCUCGAUGCAGUCUUGUGGAGAAGAUGUAACUGAGAUACAAGUGAAGCCUGAUGGUUGUUGGCGUGUAAAGCCUGAGAAUGAACGUGGGAUUCUAGCACAGUGGCACAAUGCUGAUGGUACUCUCUGUCCCCUUGCUGAGGGAGAAUUUAAACCAAAAAUGGAUGUGUUGAAGCAAAUCAAACAGGAAGGAAUUUCAGAAUGUCAUUCCAGUUUGAAACUUCAAAUUAAGAAUCGCAAUGGGGUUUGGGAAGUCAGCAAACCUGAUGAAAUGAAUACCCUCACUUGUAAUAGACUACAAGAAAAGUUUGAAGACCCUGGUCAGCAAGUUAUCCCAAUGAGCAGCAGUGCCACUGGAAGUGGUAGGGAUGGUGAGGAUCCGAGUGUGAAUCAGGAUGGUGGUGGGAAUUAUGAUUUUUCCACCAACCCCGGGAUUGAGCUUGAUUCCAUUUCCCUAAACAUAGACAACAAUGCCUAUGCAUUUCCAGAGCGAAAUACUCCUGCACCAAUGGGGGAUACAGAGCUUAUUGUUCUCAGUGAUUCAGAAGAAGAGAAUGACACUUUGAUGUCUUCUGGAACCCUUUACAACAACAGUAGAGCUGAUGCUGGUGGGAUUAAUUUCUCGAUUCCUACUGGUAUUCCGGAUUCAUAUGCAGAAGAUCCCACUGCUGGGCCUGGCUUGGGUCUUUUUAGUACCGCCGAUGAUGAUUUUGGGAUGUCUGGAUCCCUCUGGCCAUUACCUCCUGGUACUCAACCAGGCCCUGGUUUCCAAUUUUUUGCUACAGAUGUCUCAGAUGCUUUAGCUGAUUUGCAGCAUAAUCCCAUCAACUCUCCCACAUCAAUGAAUGGCUACACAUUGGGUCCGGAGGCUGUCAUGGGAUCUGCUGCUCUAGUUCCUGAUCCUUCCAUUGGUCGUACUGAUACCGACAUGAAUGAUGGCUUGGUUGAUAAUCCGUUGGCCUUUGGUGGGGAUGACCCAUCUCUUCAAAUAUUUCUUCCUACAAGGCCCUCCGAUGCAUCAGUGCCUACUGAUCUGAGAAAUCAAGCUGAUGUGUCAAAUGGUAGCCGAGCUGAUGAUUGGAUUUCUCUGAGGCUUGGGGGUAGCAGUGGGGGUCAUGUUGAAUCUCCAGCUGCAAAUGGAUUGAAUACCAGACAGCAAUUACCAUCCACAGAUGGUGACAUGGAUUCUUUGGCUGACACUGCUUCUUUGCUUCUUGGUAUGAAUGAUGGUAGAUCUGACAAGACAAGUAGCAGGCAACGAUCAGGUAGCCCUUUUUCGUUCCCUCGCCAGCGACGCUCUGUGAGGCCAAGGCUGUAUCUUUCGAUUGACUCAGACUCUGAGUAGAGUUGUUUGCUGAGCAUUACCGUAGCCCUCUUGAAAAUUAUUGGAGAUGCUACCGGAUAUAACCCCUCCCCUUGUGAAGAGGACAUUUCCUGGAGUGAUAUGUUGACCCAUCUCUUAUUAUCAACUCGGUUUAUAUUUAGAAGAAAGCUUUGAAGGUUUUCAUCAUCAAGAAGUGCCAGGCCUGAAUACGGGUGCUAGGCAUGCACAGGACACUAAGAAACGUGGACGCUUUUAAAGAACAAAAGUGCCGGCACCUGCGGAAUUUCUUGCUAUUGGUGAGGCAUAAUCCCCCAAAAUUAUUUUCAACCUUGCGUGUAGAUGGUUGAUGCAAGCCAUGUUUCUAAUAGCAUUUGUUGUAACAGGGCUGCUACAAAUUCUUUUGCCCUUUUUGUCAAUGAAGAUCUGCAGGUCCAGUGCUGGAAAAUUGUACAUUAGUCAUUUGACUGGAAACCGAAAAGUGAAUCCAUUGGGUAAACCUUUGGGUGUAGAAGGGUAGUCCCUUUCAGUAACACAAGAUAUAAUGCCCUUUUUGUCUGUUUUAUCAUCACAGCACAUUAGAUUGUAAAAAUGUCUUCACCAUCUCAGAUUCAGAUAUUUAUAGAGAAACAUUUAUUUUUCAUGCUCAA